CUCCAAAUCAAAGGGAACAAACAAGUUCUGUUCCAACUUGAAGAAGCUCCAACUGUGACCAGGUCACUAUGAAAAGUUACAAGUACAACAAACACAAACACAAUCCUAAAUUCAUUUGUUCUGCAUAUGAACAAAACAACAACACAUGUUUUUCUGAACCAUGAAACCACAUCCAAAUUUUCAACUCUUGUUCAUUCUCUUCCUCUUCAUCUUCAUCUUCCCUACCAUUACAACCUCAUCAUCUUCUCCCUCUCUCCCUCUCCCACCAACCCCAUCUCCAACCUCACCACCCUCCUCCCCAACCACCUCAAAAACCACUCUUGACCCAAAACAAAUCACAGCCUUACAAUCUCUUAACAUCCCAACCUCAAAAGACCCAUGUACACAACCCUCUUACCACAAUGCUACCCUCUGUGAUUCCUCCAAACCCUUCCGCCACCUCAUCUCUCUAACUCUCUCUAACUGCACCUCCCAUCUUUCUCUCUCCUUCACAGCCCUCAAAUCUCUCUCUACUCUCACCUCCCUAAACCUCAUCAACUGUCCCAUUUCCCCUUUCCACUUCCCUCAAGAACUCAUCACCUCUCUCAAAACCUUCACUUUCAUCAACAGCUUCAACAAAAUCUCUGGUGUUUGGCUUUCUCAGCUUCAUAAUCUCACUGAUCUUACUAUCUCAAAUGUUCAAGUCAAAGCUUCUGGUCCUUAUGUCAUUCUUGGUCACAUGAACUACCUCAACUCAUUGACCAUUUCUAAUGCAAAUCUCACUGGCUUUUUACCUGGUCAUAUUCAUUCUAAUCUGACCCAUGUUGAUUUUUCAGGUAAUCAACUCAAAGGAAAUAUACCCUUUUCAAUUACAAUGCUUGAAAGUUUAGAAAGUUUGAAUCUUUCUUCUAAUAAGCUUGUUGGUGAAAUACCCUCUUCCAUUGGUGACUUGAUUUCUCUAAAAAAUCUAUCUUUAGCUUCAAAUUCAUUUUCUGGGUCUAUCCCAGAUUCAUUUUCAUCUGUUCCUGAUUUGGUUCAUUUGGAUCUGAGUUCAAACCAGCUUAAUGGAACUAUUCCAAAGUUCAUUUCUCAAUUGAAGAAUAUCAAGUACUUGAAUCUAGCUAACAAUAAUCUUCAUGGUGCUGUUCCUUUUAAUCAGAGUUUUAUAAAGGGUUUGGAAGUGUUUAAGGUUGGUGGGAAUAGUAACUUGUGUUAUAAUCAUUCAAUUUUGUCUUCGAAAUUGAAGCUUGGGAUUUCUCAUUGUGAUAAGUAUGGAAAGCCGGUGUCUCCUCCGGCUGCAAAGGAUUCUUCUGAAGAUGAUAGCAGUGAUGAUGAUUAUGAUGAUAGUGAUGAUGAUGAUGGUAGCAGCAAGCAUAAGAAGGAUCAACAUCAUGGACCAAACAAGUUUGUUCUUGGUGUGGCUAUUGCACUUUCUUCCAUUGUUUUUCUUAUUGUUUUCUUAAUUGUUUGCUCAAAAUGUUGCCGUGGAAGAUGAUUUUGGUUUUUAGAUUAGGAAAAUUGAUUACUUGCUGAGUUCAGUGAUUGUUAAAUAUAUUUACUAGUAAUAUUUAUUUUAUCAUUAUAAUGAUUAGUGAGAACAAAGAUGGAAAACACAAAAAAAAAAGGAAUUGUUACAUUUUGAUAGGAAUUUAUUUAUGUCAAAUGUGUCCACUAAAAGGAGCAGAGAAAAAAAAAAUGAAGAAACAAGUCAUUGAAUCAUUUGUUAGUACAUUACAUUAAGUUUAUUUUGUUGCAUUAUU